AUACCAUGGUUCCGAUCAUAAAGCCCGCUUCUUCGAUGCCCAGUGGCCUGGCACCCCUGUAGAUCCUGCUCCCAUAAUGCCACUGGAGGAUAAUAACGAUUCCCAGUACCAUAGUUCUCAGCCAAACUAAUGAGUCAGAGCUUUUUGAACUCCAAUCUUAAUGGGGGCAGUACAACGAAUCACUCGAACAUGGCGAGGGGCUUUCAACCCGGACCAGCUGCACAGGUCGGCCGCUAUGGAUUGCGAACCAAUGCCCAGGUGGAACGUAGGACGACGCCCUACUACUACCACGAGCUGCUGCUGCAGAAGAAUCUCUUCGACUCCAGUCUGAAUCUUCUGCCCCAGCAGCAAGGUCAGCAGUUGGAUCAGGCCAAGAGCAAGAACAGCAAUCUGCAGCUGGAGCAGCAGCAGCAGCAGCAUCAGCAUCUUGCGGAUGCAUCGAAUACAGGCAAAAGGGCACCGAUGGCCAAGCCACAGCAGCGAUUCAUUAGCAAUGGUCAGGGUAGAACCAAUUACUCCUCCUCCUCGGGAUCACUUAGCAAUCUUCUCGGCAAUGGCAAUGGGUUGAGCAAUGGUCAUGAGAGCAGUGAUGGCACUUUGGCGGAUGAGGGCAGCUUUUCGCUGGCCUUCAAUAAUCUUCCAAUCAAAUUGCCAGUCUCAAUAAUUCAAGUAGCCUUAACAAUAAUAAUUGUAGUACUAUUAGUAGCAGCAGCAACAACAACAACAACAACCACAACAACAGCAACAUUAAUAAUAAUAACAAUAAUAGCCAUGUUAAUAAUGCUGAUUCCAACAACAAUGUUGGCCAAAUUAACGAAUGCAUUGCAUGAGAAUCGGUGUUAAUUUAGUUGAAAGGGUUCAGGGAAUGAUUUUGGAGUUGUCUAUAUCAUUCCCGUUGGGACACAAAACUUUUCAACUGAAUCUCUCUAUCCUUCCCAAAACCAAACCCAUUCUGUGUGUAAUAAUCGCAUGUAGUUGUUUGUACUAAAUUAUUCAUAAGACCCGAAAAUCCUCAUGUAGCAUGAUCAAAACCAUAAUAUUGUGUGUAGACCGCUACUCAAUAAAUAUGUACAUAUAAAUGUGUGUAAUUGUGAAGCUAAAAGCAUGUAGAGAGAUCAUGAUACCAUAUAACCUAGAAAAAGAAAUUGUCAUUCCAGAGGGAAGAAGAAAUUAAAAAACUUAUUCUCUGCAUUUCUUACACUUUAAAAUACACCUGUAUCUUUAAACAUUUCAACUUUCUACCCCCCAUGGAAUGACAGUUUUUCACCUCCAAUCCUCCAAAACUCACCAUCAAUAUAUCCAAAAAUGAAAUUCUAUUUGACAUACAUAUUUAGGCUAAGUAUAUACGCAAAAAUCGCCAUACAAAUUUUUGCCAAUAUUUUUAUAAAGUUGCUAACUAAAUGUUUUUCGUUUCAUUUGUUUCUUUUAUUUACAUACCAAAAAAAUACCAAAUAUACAUCAUCAUGGUCAUUCCCCGCUUAAUCACCCUUAAAACCCGAUGCAUAUAUUAAACCAAACACCACCAAAAUAAUCAAAAUGUCCUCGUCCAAACUAAAAAACCAAACAAAAUAUAUAUUCAAAAUACCAAAUAUCUUGUGUUCGUCCACACAUUACGUAUCCAAAUGCUUCGCAAUCGAACGCCGUUCAAUCAAUCGAAUCGAAUCAAAUCAAUCAACCAAUCAAUCAAUCAAUCAUGAUUUUUAAUGUUUCAUAUACGUUUCUUGUUGCUGUUCUUGCGUUUUAUUUACUAUCAAAACAAAUGUUGGUUGCUCUCAACGCGCUAAAUUUGACAUUCGAAAAUCAACGAUACAACCGCUAAAAUUCAAUUAACGCUCUGCGCCUGAUCCGCAAAAUACCAAAAAACCCAACCCCAGCCCGUAGAAUCCCUCUCCGACGAUUUCC